CCCGCCCCUACUGUUCAUUGCGAUUUGAACGCUAGGUCUCUAGGGAUCUUCCGGAGCCGCAACCUGACAUUAAGUCUCGUUCACCGACGCCAAGCAGCGAGACGAUGGCCGUGCAAUGCAAGACUGUGGCCCUCCUGGCGUUCGUGCUCGUCGCAUGCGCCUUCGUCGGCGUCAACGCUGACAUGACCGAAGACAGCAUCCGACAGAUCGUGAAUCGACGCAAGGGACUCGAGGUGAUCCGGGACAUAGUCGACGACCUCCACAGGCAGCUCACAACUCUGCAUAAACGCUCGUGCCACAUCGACGCCGGCCUGAACCGCGGAUGCGAUUACAAGGACAUCCUGGACGCUGUCGAAGAGAACAAGUUCUGGAAGUCCAGGGACUCGCCAGGCAGAAGGCGAAGGUCGGUCGACAACACGAAGACCAAGUCGGCACCAAGCAGCGGCCGAGCCACAACAGCAAACAUGGCGAGGGUCGGCCAGUCGACAGCGAACUGAGGAGCGGCAAUCGCCGACGGCUCGCUCCAUGUUCUCCGACAUCUCGUUCACCCGGCUUGCCGACGCUCCCAGAGUAUCUCCACCCGCGCACGUUUCCCUUGGUUCCUCGUUUCAACGUCUGUCCUGCCACACCUCAGCCAUCACCGCAAGAUGGCUUCUGUACAAAAUGUCCUGCCCUGACCCCCACACAGCGGCCUGAGCCCUCAGUGGAUGCACUAUCAACGGAACGACGCUGUUGUGUCCUGGCUUCGAAACCGUGCCGGAGCCGGGUUCAACGUGCUUCGACCUGCCAACAGCGCCCCCUGGGUACCCCCUACGUGUCGUCUGCCGGUGGUUCCCGCCCCCUGUAACCAAAAUACUCCCCAACUCGUUGGUCCGUGCAUAAUAAAGUGUCUAUUUUCCGCUCUUGCCUCUCCAUCUGG